AUGGCGCCUCCCAUAACUUUGGCGACGAAGUUUCGGGGCAACGACAUUAGCGAGAGAAAGAAGAAGAAGAAGCACUUCAUUGGUGGAAGUAGUCUCCUGCUGCUGCAAAGACUGGCUUUUAAAAGAUCUCUGUAUAUCGAGGCACAAGGGUGCGGGAUAAACUAUCUCCCUGAAGCCAGUGAUUGGUUUUGGUCUGUGCAAGUCCCUUCUAUCUAUGCCAAUGGCAAUUACUCAGCUGCAAGCAGUGAGAUUUGGCCAAGCGUGGCUGGGAAAUCGAGGCAUGACCGUUCUUUCCCUCCACAAGUUUUCCAGAGUUUGGCAGUAACAGAAGCGGGUUUGAGAGAGUGUCAAGCUCAUUUGAAAAGGUUUGUAUUCUACGAAUUAGUUGUGAAAACACACUUCACUCUUUCUUCAACUAUUUGUAUACAGUUUCAGGCUAAGAACUCCGUUGACAAUCCGAUGUACUAUAAUAGAUACUUACAGUUACAGCACUUAAUUUCUCAGGCUGUAGAUAGUGUAGGUUUCCAGUCACAUGUAUCAAGCCCAUCACUUAAUUUCUCAGGCUGUGUAGAUAGUGUAGGUUUCCAGUCUCAUGUAUCAAGCCCAUCAUCUGGAAAGGAACAAAUAAAAGCCGCGUGCUCUGACCUAGAAAAAAUAAGAAUGAUUAUUCCUUUGAUGCAGUUAGGAUUCUAGGUACUGACACUUGAGUUUGCUAGACUGACCAUAGCAUACACCAAUCUCAAGCACUGGUUACAAAGUGUUGGCAUCAGUCUCAAAGAGUGCUUACAAUAUGAGAAACAAAGAAUUGCAGAAUGCGUUUGGCUUGGUUAAACAUGUGUGGAAGACUACCAACCUCAUAUGGUUCACUCAGGGAGGUGGUGACAUUGACUCGAGUUACAAAAGCAGCAUCUUUAAAGGAAAAGACUUUUUAAAAAAGGAAUUCGAUUAUAUCAAGGCACAAGGGUGACACACUUCUGGAUAGAGUUUUGUAUGUUUAUUCUACUUUUGGUAGAGAAUAGUUGGAAAAAUAGUUAAGCAAUAAAAAGACUGUUGAAUCA